AACAGUCAAAACAAUGCCACAAAGAUGACAUUGUUUUGACACACGUAAAACUUGACCAGAAGUUUUUACUUGAAAAUUUUAUCGAAAAUAAUUAUUAAAUUGUUUAACUGAGUCAAGCGAUUAAGCAAAUCAAGAUGGCGCCAAAGGCUGAAAAACAUUAGUGUUCAUUGACUGGGUGGCAACAAUUAUAACUUUUUCAUUCACUUCUGGUUUAUGAGUCUUGAAACUUGAAAAAUCGUCGGUUUAUAUCGAAAAAACAUUAACACGUCCAAUACUCUCUUGAUCGUCUAGUAUAAGCAUUUUGAUUUUAAAUUUAAGUGUGACAAGAUGGAUUCAUUAGAAAAUGAUGACCAACUAACAAUAGUUAAUCGGUCCACGGAACAUCGUAUAAGUAAGAAACUAAUCCGUAAAAUACCUUAUUUUGAAAAGAUGCUGAGCCAUAAUUUAAAGGAAUCAAAGGAAAAUAAAGUUGAACUGGAUUUUGAUGAACAAACCUUCCAAAUAAUUUUUGAUUGGGCUGCAAGCAACUAUAAUUUUAUUAUGAUCGAGAUGGAUUACAUAAUGGGUUUGUGCGAGUUAGCUGAUUAUUUUGGUCUGGAUUGGAUUUCAAAACAGUGUAUUACCUAUUUUGAUGAUAACUUUUCAAUUGAACACCUUCCCUUUGUUAUUCCUAAAAUAAAUGUUACAUCUAAAUGUAUAAACUCUGGUGCUCUCAAUGCUUUCAUCUGCCGUUAUUUCUUGAAGCUAGCAAACACAAUUUUUUGGUUUGAAUAUCCUAUUGAAACGAUUGAAUACAUUUGUGCUUUGGAUCUGAUGAUUUAUUCAGAAUAUCAAGUAUUCGAAGUAAUCAUGAGAUGGAUCAAUAUCAAGGCGGACUCAAGAAAGUGCCAUCUCGAAGGAUUGUUAAAGCUAGUUAGAUGGUGCCAUUUAAACGAGGAAGAUUUAUCCAAAAUAAAAGAAAACGAAUUGUUAAAAUCUUCAGGUCUUGAGCCAAUAUUUUGUGCUCCUCGAAAGGUUAAUUGUGAUUGUAUCUUCAAUAGAACCAAGCAAAACUUUUUCAUCAUGAUUGAAGAGCUGGAUAGUAGAGGUUUACAAAUAAAUGUACUUGACAACAACUUUAAGCAACUGGUUAGUCAAGUCAUCCAAGAAGAUGCGUCGAUUUCUUCAAACCUUUUCCAUGACGAACAUAUUUCUGAUAUUACUUAUAAUUCCGGAAUGACUGCAAUUCGAAUAGACUGGAAACAAAAUAAAUAUAAGUAUAUUGCACCUUUUGUGUCUUAUAUUCAAGUGAAAAAAUGGCUCACUAAGUUGCAACAAGGAGACCCUUUUACCGCGAAUCACGGGCUGCCAGGUGAAAUUCGAAAUGGCUUUUUACUGCUAGAAGCGGCUAAACAUUUUAUUCCGAUUUACAUCGAGAAUUCGUGUUUGCGUCUUCUUUCAGGGACAAUCUACGAAAAUUAUAAAGAUUUUCAUCAAAUAUCCCAAUACAAAGCAACUCUUGUGGAUAAUAGGAUUUACUUGUUGUCAGAUGGAAAUUUAUGCGAAUACGUAUUUGCGCAAUCUACAUUCUUCCGUCUUGAUAAUGUCAAACUGAAUUGGAGCCAUCGGAUUCAGGAAUUCAGAUUCGAAUAUUCAUUGUUAACAUCAAGUCCAGCGGGUGAUAAAAUUAUUUUGAUUGAUAAAUACACAAAAAAUUAUAUUUGUAUCGACCUCAAUACUAAAAGAAAGUCUAAGGGUCGUAUGAUAUCUUAUUGCUAUGCUGAUGGCCAAAAGGAAUCCAAAACGCUGUUAACUUUGACUUCAGCUUUUCUCCCGCUAACCACCAUUAGAACUUGCUUGAACUCCAAAUCUAACUCAGAUAAAUAGUCAAUUGAAUAAAAUUUUUCAUGAACUGAGCAAAGCUAUAAAAUUGGCUGAAAUAAUUACUUAUUUCGUUAAACUAAACUUAUAAUCUGAGUUUUACUAAUUUUACAAAAAAAAUCAUUUAAACUUAUCUUCGUCUUGUAUUCAAAUCAAAAUUCAG